AUGGGCCGGGAGACCAGCGGCGACUCCGCCGAGGGCGCCAAGCUCCGACCCUUGGGGCUUUAUUCCCGAGGAGCCGGAGAACCAGCGCCCGGGUCUAUGGCCAAACCGGCGGCCCCAAAAGCUGCGACACCGGCGCUCAGCGGCCUGGACCGCCCCCCACCCGCUCCUUGUGUGCAGACCGCCCCGCCCCGCCGGUCCCGCCCCCUCUCACCCCGCCCCGCCCGCCAGGGCCGCCCCGGGUCCCGACGUCCGCCCGCUCAUCCCCGGGCCCGUGGCGUCCCGCACCCCAUCCCACGCAACCGCCGUCCCUGUCCCCGGCGGCGCGUGUCUUCCUUCCUGGGCAGAACAAGCAGAACUGGGGGGAAAUGUCCAGCUAAAGCCCCGGCAACGCAAGUUCGACCAGGACCAGUCCUCUAUUACCGUUUAACCCCGGCUGUGGCUUCUCCCCGCGCCGCAUGGCCACGAGACCUUCCACCGGGACCCAUAACCGCCCCUCGCAUCAGCCGGAGCCCCACGGGGCCGGCCCUGGGCAAUGACCCCGGAGCGCCCCGAGAAGAAAAGCCGGGGGCAGCCCCGGCACCGACUGACGCCCCGAGGCUCCCGGCGGGGUUUUGCGUGGCCGGCGCUGGUGCUUACACGGACCAUAGCAGACCCAUGGCUAAAAGCAGCGUUCUGAGGCGGCCCACAAACCACUUCCCAGAGUGCAAACGUGCAAGCCCCACUCCUAAGCAUGAGGUGCGAGAACAGAACCCUGGUGCUGGGCAUCUCCUACACAAGGUGAGCUCCGCAGCAGUGCCACCACCACGGCAAUGCACCGCUGAUCAGCCACCUAAACCUCCAUCAGCGCACUGCCUCUCCGGCACCCGCAGCCCGCGCCCCCCGCCCCGGGGCUGA